AUGUUGAACCUUUUAAAUCCUAAAGAACUUCAAAUAACUUGUCAAAAAUUAGAGGAAUUAUUAAAUUUAAAAGAUAAAAAAAUUGAUGACUUGACAAAAAAUAAUAAUAACUUAAAGGAAGAAGCUAUUAAAUAUCAAUCAGCUUUGGGCGAUGCAACAAGUUUUCAACUAGGAAGUCAAGAUUCCAAUAGUGCUGGUCAAUUAUCAAAAGAUAUUGGCAAUUUACAUAAAAAUUUAGAUAAAUUUUGUGGGCUGAAAAAAGGUAUUAAAAUUAAUGAAUCAGAGGUAAAAAAGCUCUUGAGAAAAUUUGGCUGUUCAAUUGCUGGUAGUAAGAUACAUAAUAGUAAAAAUCUGAUUUCUGGUGUGUUAGAACGUCAUGUGAUUGAAACCAUCAUUGAAAAAACCCAAAAUUACUUUAAUAAUGAUAAAGGCAACAAACAAGAUGAUGAACAAGAUGAUGAGAAACAACAAAGUUUGGAAGUGAAAAUGGUUAAGACAACAGAGCAACUCUCAAAGUUGACAGAUUCAAUUUCAAAAUAUCGCACUGGAGAUGAAGAAGUUAGCAAAGCUACUUCAACAAAAUUACGUCAACAAAUUUAUGGUGUUCUUGGAAAUCGUGGAUUUUCCAAUAUUGCUGUAGGCAAAGAAGACAAAAAACAUCCAUUGAUUGCAACAUUACAAAAAGAUAUUUUAGAUUUAAUGAAUUGUUAUCGUACAAUUACAAAUCCAGAAAAGUUGUCAGAAAUUGAAAGCAUAAUUGAUGAAAUUGUUAGGCAAGUUGUUAGUAUAUUUUUUUUCAGAUUAAAAGUACAAGAGCCUGUUGCCAGUUGGAAAUUUUUUGAAUAUAAAACAAGCAUCAAUACUAUUAUGAUGGAAGCAUCUUGGGAUGAAGAUGAACUUGAAGAUUUAUAUUUAAAUCAUAUAGGAAUUAAUGUAUUAAAAAAUUAUAGACAGCUUCCGCUAAAAUUUAGACCAAGUAUAUUAGAUGAAAAUCAAUUAUCGAUAAUGGCACAUGUAGUGCUUAAAAAUGCUUUCUUACGUUCAGUGUUACCAGCAGGUACUGUGAAAACAAGUCGUACAUGGUUGUAA